GUGGGCGAGAGCGCGCGUGCGGGCAUGUGCAGCCUCAACAAGACGGAGGGUCGCAUCAUCAACUAUCGCUCACGUCAUCCAUGAGGAGGAUAAUAAUGUUGGGCACGUUCCGGGCCCCGGCUCCCGCCGCCAGAGAGAGUCCGAGCAUCAACCGCCACAUCCUGGUCCCUGUGAAACAGUCACGGCACGUGACUGCGUCAGCUGACUUGCAGCAAGAUGGCGGUCUGUGUGGCUGUGAUUGCCAAAGAGAAUUAUCCACUGUAUAUUAAAACAGUUCCGACAGAGAAUGAGCUGAAGUUUCACUAUACGGUUCAUACUUCAUUGGACGUUGUGGAGGAGAAGAUCUCUGCAGUCGGGAAGGCACUUGUGGAUCAGAGGGAGCUGUCUGGGCUGCUUUACCCCACCGAGGAUUAUAAAGUAUAUGGCUACGUUACCAACACUAAAGUAAAGUUUGUUAUUGUGGUGGAUUCUUCCAACAUUGCUCUGAGGGACAAUGAAAUCCGCAGUAUGUUCAGAAAACUGCAUAACUCUUACACGGAUGUCAUGUGCAAUCCAUUCUACAAUCCCGGGGAACUGAUUCAGUCCAAAGUUUUUGAUAGUAUGGUUUCGGGUAUGAUGGUUCAGGUCUGCUGAGGCCUGGAAUUCCUGCUCUCCCGUGAUCCUGUGGCUGUGUUCUGUCUUCAUUACGUUUCCAGUACAGCUUUCAGUGACACAAUAUGGCCCCGAAUAUAAUGGAACAUCACCCAAGCUGCUAUUGGAUUCAGUUUUAAGUAAUGAGUUAAAGGUUUAAUCAAGCCUAGAGUGUUUAUUACAAAAAAUGUAUAAUAUUUGCAUCAAUCCAACAUGUUAUACGAUCAUACAUUCUACUAUGAGCAAAGUAAGUUUUAGUUUUUGUAAAUCUUGAAACGCCCCUAAGCUGCAUAUGUCUUAACAGAUUCUGUUUGAUGGUUUAAUUUCCUGGCAUGGUGAAUAGGGUUGGGUGGCAUGUGGAGUGGCUAAGGAGAACUCUUAUUGAAGUGAAGCAUGAAAUUUGAGAGGGUGAAUCGAUGACAACAGACAUUGUUUUACCUUGCAUUAUAAAAGAUUCACGUGUCCUGCCUGCAGAUCUAAGGCUGUGAGAAAUUGGAGGUUGAUGUCCUUUUGUGAAAAGAUGCAGAGCUAUAGAUAUGAUUUCACUUAUACUGAGGUGUUAUUUGAUUAACUGAAUCCCUUACUGAUUCUUCGAGUUCUGCCACUCUCUAAUUUGGCGGUGGGUUGGUGUCCUAAUUGAACUUAAGCAUUUCUUCUUCAGUAUGAGAAUUGGAAUGUUGAGCGCUUGAUAUCUUUAGUAGUUUGUUAAAGAUGUGGUGGUCUAUCAAUUGUAUGUACAUUUCACUGGUGCGUCUAUUCUGAAUUAUAAAUACAGUUUGAACCUCA